UCUCCUCCACUAACUCACUCGCCCCCGCCCGUCUUCCCCCUCCCUCCCCGAGCAGAGAAGCCCGUGCUCGGCUGACACUGUAGCGACACGGGCUGAGCAGACAUGGAGGCCCGACCGACGAUAGAGGCCCGUGCUGACACAUCCAGGCCCAGCUAACAGAGCGUCGGAGUGGAUUUUUUUGGGGACAUUUCGGAAGAAAUACCAGCUAUCACUCUUUGUGAGGAAGAAGGAUUUACCACUAAAGAAGAAGGAAUUAAGGGGGAGAUCCAUUUCGGGGCUCUAUGUUGAUUCAACGUAGCCGCCAUUUUGUUGACAGUGUUUUUUUUAAACAACCUACACGCACUCGGGAGUGAUGUGUGGCCACCACGUUGCCACAAACGAGGAAGGACACGGAGCCAAAUAAUGUGAACAGUUUCUGGACAACUAAAAAGCUGAAGGACGGAGUAGGAGGGUCUGAUUGACUGGGAAAGACCAAAAACCUCUGAAAACAAGAGAGCUCCCUCUGUGUCGUCCCUCUUCCUCUGUCCCUCCUCCUUCCCUGUCCCUCUCCCGUAUUCUUCCUAGGAUACACUUUCCUCACCUUGUGACCUUGCACGGCACUUAAACCGAGAUGGAUCAGAAGAUUCAUGGGAGAACGGCAACGCCACCUCCCGUUCUCUCAGCUGUUCCUUCCGGGGAACGAGAUAAGGAGGGAGGUGCUGGAAGUAAGGAUGACGAGGAGGACAAGAAGCGGGACAAAGACAAAGAAGCAUCCACUGUAUCUGAUAGCACAGCCGCAGGUGGCCCAGGAGGUGGUGGCGACCAGUCACAAUUCUCCAUCAAAGAGAGCAGCCUAUCUGAGGGCAAUGUCAAACUUAAGAUAGGACUUCAAGCAAAACGCAUGAAGAAACCUCCGAAGAUCUUGGAGAAUUAUGUAUGCAGACCAGCCUUUAGGGCUACAAUGAGGAAUACAGGGCGGGGAGGCAGCGGUGCUCGAGGGAAUCGCGGUGGGAAUACGAAUGACGGGCCAGGUAGCCAGAACCAGAGUCCUUCUCAAGUCAGGGAAAAAGAAAGGGAGCAGAGUCCUAGUGUCAACAAACCAGUUGCAUCAUCCUCAUCAAACACAUCUUCUAAAGUCUCUCCACCACCUCCAUCUGGACCUGCACCUACCGGCACAGCUGCAAUGACACCUUCUCAAGUGAAUGGGAGUGCAACGGGAAAGCGGGGGACACCAAAGACGGAUUGUCUUUCUGACACAAAGUCUGACACAAAAGCAGCUUCUGCCACAGCUGAACGGCCCACGAAUCUUCAUCGCCCCCUUCCAGACAGUAAACUUCACCCUUCUGGAAAGAAAACACCAACCCUACAACACAACCCUCGGUCAUCAGCGCCCUCUUCACCAAUACCUGCAUCUAAGGAACCUACAAGUGAAGGUGUUAAACCACCACAGUACACAUACAGCAAUGAAAGUCAAAGAGAAAAAGACAAAGUAGCUCAAAGCUGGGGAGCGCCUACAGUCACUGAAAAACUAGCUCAACUCAUAGCCACUUGUCCUCCGUCAAAGACCCCAAAGCCUGUCAAACCGGCUAAGACUGACCCUGCUCCUUCCCACUCAAGCUCAGGUUUUAUGACACCCACAGCCAAGCAGCGAGACAGGGCAAUGGCUAAUAGGAAUACCUAUUCGCGAAUGGUUCACCUUUCUCCUCCCCUACCAGUGUCACGGCCGCCUGGUCGGCCCUACGGUUCCAGGAACAAAGACAUUGCUGGGGAAAACCCAGCUGCCACACCAACAAGGAAGGAGGACACGGACGGGACUGGGAAAUCUAGUAGCAGCAGUAUUAACAUGAGCAGCAGUAACAGUAGUAGUCGCAGCAGCAGUCCAGCACAUAUAUAUGGCAAUAACAGGCUUCCUUCUCUCUCAAAGGACGGUAACAAUGACAUUAAUAGUAGCAAUUGUAAACUUCAGUCCCGCCCCAUUCACUUCUCAUCCCAUGCCACAGGUUUGUCCUCUUGUCCCGUAUCACCCUCCCCUACUACCACGGCUGAACAACGGACUUUGAAUCACAUAGGUUCCCCUACUGCCUCACAAACGGACCAUACAGAAGAGACUCCUGUCCCUUCGGAGGAAGGUAUCGCAAGUCUGAGACAACAAGGUAGCCCCAGAGAUAUGAAUAAUUGCUGUCCUCCAACAGGAACCGCAAAGCAAGAAGUGAAAGACAAGGGGGGUAGCAAUCAGCCAAUGCGAACCGAGAGCGACAAGGGCUCAAGUCCAUAUAAGCGUAGUCCCAAUCGGGAUAAUAGUCAUGUUGGUCGGAACAGCAGCCCUGCAGAACAUGCCAGGCCAAGGGCAUCAUCUUCACCUGAGCCAGAAGGAGAAGACAGCCCACUAACUCCUCUUCGGGACGAUUCUCCCGAUUCAUCCAUAGAUUCAGCAACCGAGCAGGACAGAAAACCACUUAAAAAACGUAGAGGAAGGAAGCCACGCUGGGGCCGUGCUAUGAGCAAGGUACAUAAUCAAAGAACGGGCCUCGACAGUCCGUUUGACCAGAGCAAAACCCUCAUGCCUUUAUCUUCAAGCUUGGAAACAUCGAGUCCAGUUAAGAGAUCUGUGGGGAGACCUCCCAAUCCAAAUAAAAUGAAACCAAAUAUUCUGCCACAAAGUACAAUGUCACGUCUCUUCACUUCCUCACCCCAGGCUAAAAAAAGGGGAAGGCCAAAGUCAAAGAUGCCAAGGCUUGAUGCUCCAACUCGUGGGCGCACCCAUAACAAAUUGGCCACAUCUAAGGUUUAUUCAAAUUAUUUGAAAUCCAAAGAAGAGCAAGACCCUCCUGUGCUUCAUCCAGAGGUUGAUUUAAAUCCCCCUAAACCCAUCCCUCGAAAACGUGGACGCCCCAAGCGACUCCCGCCAACCUUACCCGAAGAGAGUCAGCCCCCGACAUUGGCACCCGAGGCGGGGGAUGCUGGGGACAAACGUUAUCACAUGAAAGGAAAUGGUCAGCUUAUCAUGAAAACAAUCAUAGGCAAAAUCAAUAAGAUGAAAAGUGUGAAACGCAAGCGUAUUCUUAGUCAAAUUCUGUUAGGACCAAGAAAAGAAGAACCCCCCAAAGUGUCUCCAGGUGCUGUGGUUGGAUCUGCUGAAGCUGCAAAGCAAUCUUUGUCCUCCCUGGCUGCUUCCCUUGGGGGAAAACUCGGACCACAAAUUAAUGUUAGUAAAAAAGGAACAAUAUAUAUGGGUAAACGGAGAGGGCGUAAACCAAAAACAGUGAAUGCUACAGGUUCAGCCGCAGCACCAGAACCCUUCUUGUCCCCGAGGACCACUUCCCCCUUGCAUCACCAUCAAUCUCAGCAACAGAACCAGCAUUCCUCCUCAGAAAUCUUUCCUUCACCUUCACUCUCACAGUCUAGUGGAGGCCACAGUCCCAUCAGUGAUGCCAGCUUUGUAGAACCUGGCUCAGUGCACUUUUCUGGUCACUCUCAUUAUUCAAACCACAAUCAUAGCACAUUUGCUUUCCCUCCUCCAGCUUUUUCAGCUCCUAAUCUUCGUGGUCCUGUCCUCGGCUCUUCACUAUCGAUGGCCACCACAACCUCCCAGAAAAAGUCCUCUUUCCGUGGAUACCAUCACCACCACCACCAUAAUAGGCAGCACUACCACUAUCACAAGCUUUCUCCUCCUCGGCCACUCCACCCCACCUCCCCCGCCCCUCUCAAUGAGCUAAAAGAAGCCACCCCAUCGCCAGUAAGUGAGUCUCACAGUGAGGAGACAGUGCCCAGCGAUAGUGGUAUAGGAACAGACAACAACAGCACCUCUGACCGUGGUGAGAAAGCUGGAGGAGCAGGGGCCUUGGGUGGAAUGGGGAUUCCUGCUGGUAUUAGUAGUGGAUUAUUAAUGCCUGGUGUUAUUGGUUCAGCUAUGAGUGCUGGAAUGGGACUAAAUGCUCGGGGCAGGCGACGCCACUCAUCUGUACUUGUGGAACACCCCUCACCUUCCCCCUCACCUCAUAUGGCAAGGUUAUCACCUGACCCACGGAGACCUCGCCCAGCAGCUCCUUCUACCUCCAUAAUGGGUCACAAGGAAAAACAUAAACAUAAGUGCAAACGGCGUAGCCAUGGUUGUCCAGGCUAUGAAAAGCUCAAGAGACAGAAAAGAAAACGCAAGAAGAAAUACCUACAACUCCGUUCUCGGCGGAUCGACCCCAACUUUCUCGCUGAACUGGAUGAGAUUGUCAUAAGGAUGAGUGAAAUUCGCAUAGCGCAUCGUACCACUGGGCAUCGUCUUGGUAGUGGCAUAGGCAUAGCACCGGGAGCUAAUAGAAUGCCAGGAUUGGGAAGCCGGAUCAGUGGCAUAAGUGGUACCGGAGGCCCUCCGCCUCAUCAUUACAUUCACAGAGAUCUCCUGCCCACAAUCUUCAGGGUUAAUUUUGGUAGCUUCUAUUCCCAUCCCGCAUAUUCUUGUGAUCCGUUGCACUAUGUUCGAAAACCAGACAUGAAAAAGAAAAGAGGACGGCCGCCAAAACUCCGAGAGUCCAUGCCGGAGGUUCCUUUUGUACCAGGGCUUGGAUUCCCUCUUUCCAGUGGAGGCUUCUACCAUCCCUCUUAUGGUGUUCCUUAUACCUCUGGACCACUCGGUUUGGGCUACUACAGGGGCUAUCCUCCAGCUAGUGCUCUUUAUCCUCACCCACACCACCAGUCACCCCACACAGCCUCAUCUCACCACUCUCAUCACUCACCAACUUUCCCCCCACCUCCUCCAACAUCUUACAUGCACCACCACCACCCCUCUCAUCUCCUGUUGAACCCUUCAAAAUUUCACAAGAAAAAACACAAGCUGCUCAGACAGGAGUACCUAGGAGGACGGCCCCCUGUCCUUUACCCACCAAUGUCCUCGGAGCUGUCUUUCAACUGGCACCACAAACACAAACAUAGGCACAAACACAGAGAGCGAUGUGCUGACGAGGGCAGAGAUGAUGAAGCAGACACAAUUGGUGGAUCUGUAAAUCGUGGUGGGGCAGGGAUGUCUGACAGUGGCGCUUCAGGGAAGGGGGAGAGAGUUGGUGGCCUGGGAAUGGCAGAGUCUUUGCAACGAUGUCGUUUUGGACGAAGCACCUCUAGCAACAGUGUUAGCAAACAAGCUGGUGUCACUUUAACUAAUUCACCUUCUUCUUCAUCAUCAUCUUCAGCAGAUAGAUACAAGCGCAAAGAAAACUCUUUAUCCUGUCUAGGGCCCUCCAGACUAGCUCUUGGGAGCAGCUCCAAAGGCCAGCACUCAGCGGAGUCCUGGUUUAGGACAGGCAGCUCUGAGACUGACUAUUCCAAGCUUUCACGUCGUCAUGUUUUGCCCAGUCAGGGACCCUUCUCUGAUGGACGAACAGACGAACUACCCGGUUGCUCUGAUAGUGAGGAUGAGGAACCCCUCACACCCACAGAAGAUGUGGAGCCAAGAGGCCGCGAUUCUCCCAAUCUUACAAAUCUCUUUGCCUCUGCGCUCACUCGCACUAACUUGCGUGGAUGCAGAAACAGAAAUAACGAGACGGCGCCAGAGAACAGCAGCUUCUGCCGUAUGGACCGAUCGUUAAGGAAAGACCGAUCAUUAUCAGCUGAGAGAAGAGAAUUAGGGCCUGCAAGUAUCCAGACAAGAGGUGGUGUACUCUCAACUUCAGAAGGGCCUGAUGGAUCACUUCACCACCGACAACAGCUCCAUCAUCAGUCCCCUAUGUUUUACUCCCGUGGCUCAGCGUCCUCUUCUUGCAUGUCCCCCACCCAGGACUGUUGCCAUGAUGCCUCCCUGCCCCAUCAGUCCCAUCGGGUGCAGCAGUCCAAACACAGCCUCCACCAUGUGAAUAAAAUCCUGCGCGCUAAAAAGCUUCAGAGGCAAGCUCGUACAGGAAACAAUAUGGUGAAAAAGAGGGGCCCUGGGCGUCCCAGGAAGCACCCGCUGCCUUCCCCGCCACCGUCCCCGCCUCCUGCUCUUGAAUUAAACCGAACUCGGCACAGAGUGGCAUCAGCAGGGGGCAGGGUGUGGGAUGGGGAUACUGUGAAAGAUACCAUUGAGGCAGUUGUCAAAGACCAGCGUAGCAAAGGGCAGAAAAGGAAACACUGGGAGAGAGAUGAUGAAGGUGAAGAAGAUGAGGUAGAAGACACUGUGGAGCCAGACGGAGAAGAGAAUGUGAGCAACCUGGUGGCAAGGCCUGGACCAGGAUCAGGAAGGUGUUGGCUUGCUCAGGAGGACAUAAGUCACUUUCCAAGCCCAGUGGAGAGUAAGCCAGAUGGCCACUGUUCCCCACAACACCAAGAGAACGACAACAGGGAACAAACACCCGCCAUACCCAUAAGCAGCCCUCGGGAGAAGAGGCCAGCCAGACCUCCAAAGAAAAAGUUCCAGAAGGCUGGACUUUACUCGGACGUGUUCAAAACUGAGGACCCCCGUAGUCAGCUUCUGCAGCUAAAGAAAGAGAAGCUAGAGUAUAUACCUGGGGAACACGAUUAUGGAUUAUUUCCAGCGCCCAUACAUGUUGGAAAGUAUCUGAGACAGAAGCGCAUUGAUUUCCAAUUGCCUUAUGAUAUCCUAUGGCUGUGGAAACACGAUCAGCUGUACAAAAGGCCUGAUGUCCCGCUUUACAAAAAGAUCAGAUCAAAUGUGUAUGUUGAUGUCAAGCCUUUCUCCGGGUAUGAAACAACUACUUGCAACUGUAAGAUUCCUGAGAAUCGCACUGAAAAAGGAUGUCUGGACGACUGCCUUAACAGGAUGAGCUUUGCAGAGUGCUCUCCCAGCACUUGUCCAUGUAAUGAGCAUUGUGACAACCAGCAUAUCCAGAGGCACGAAUGGGUACAGUGUCUGGAGAGAUUUCGUGCUGAGGGCAAGGGUUGGGGCAUCCGCACCAAGGAGAGUCUCCGUUCCGGGCAAUUCAUUAUCGAGUACCUGGGAGAAGUGGUCAGCGAACAUGAGUUCAGGAGUCGUAUGAUGCAGCAGUACUUUGCUCACAGUGGCCACUACUGUUUGAAUCUGGAUAGUGGCAUGGUGAUCGACAGCUACAGAAUGGGCAAUGAAGCACGCUUCAUUAAUCACAGCUGUGAGCCCAACUGUGAGAUGCAAAAGUGGUCAGUCAAUGGGGUGUACAGAAUUGGUCUCUUUGCGCUGAAGGACAUCAGCAGCGGUACCGAGCUCACCUAUGAUUACAACUUUCAUUCUUUCAAUACGGAGGAGCAGCAAGUGUGCAAGUGUGGCUCAGAGAGUUGCAGGGGUAUCAUCGGAGGGAAAAGCCAACGUAUCAAUGGAUUGCCUGGCAAGCCGGCUGGCACUCGGCGACUUGGUCGACUCAAGGAGAAACGGAAAUCUAAACACCAACUUAAAAAACGAGAAGAAGAAUCAAGUGACAGCAACAAGUUUUACCCUCACCUUAUGAAACCUAUGUCAAACAGAGAAAGGAACUUUGUGCUCAAGCAUCGAGUAUUCCUCCUGAGGAACUGGGAAAAAAUGAGGGAGAAACAGGAGUUGCUUAAACGAGAGGGUGAAAGAGAGAGAGAUCCGAGCAACCUGUCCUUGUAUACCCGCUGGGGAGGAGUCAUCCGUGAUGAUGGCAACAUCAAAUCGGAUGUUUUCCUCACACAGUUUUCAGCUCUGCAGACGUCACGGUCAGUGCGUACUCGGAGGCUCGCUGCAGCUGAAGAAAACACAGAAGUCACACGCACUGCUCGCCUUGCACAUAUCUUCAAGGAGAUUUAUGACAUGAUUACAAGCUACAAAGAUUCAUCCAGCCAGACUCUUGCUACUCCGCUUUUGAACCUCCCAUCACGGAAAAGAAACAGCCAUUAUUAUGAGAAGGUGUCAGACCCUCUGGAUUUAAGCACCAUCGAGAAGCAAAUCCUUACGGGCCAUUACAAGACUGUUGAAGCAUUCGACACUGACAUGCUUAAAGUAUUCCGCAAUGCUGAGAAAUAUUACGGCAGGAAGUCAUCAAUAGGAAGGGAUGUGUGUCGGCUACGGAAAGCUUACUACAGUGCACGUAACGAGGCUGCUGUGCAAAUCGAUGAGAUUAUGGGCGACACUGCCAGUGAGGCUGACAGCUCUGACUCACUCGAGCGUGACCGGGGCCACCACCAUGGAGGGGCCGGAUCCCAUGACAAGGAUGACGACAUUAUCCGUUGCAUCUGUGGCAUGUACAAGGAUGAAGGCCUGAUGAUCCAGUGUGAAAAGUGCAUGGUGUGGCAACACUUUGACUGUAUGCGGUUGGAGACGGAAGUCGAGCACUACCUGUGUGAGGAGUGUGAUCCGAGGCCAGUUGACACGGAAGUUCCAAUGAUACCUCAACCCAGCUAUGCUCAAGCUGGCUCGGUUUACUACAUCUGUCUCCUAAGAGAUGAGCUGCUUCUUCACCAAGGAGACUGUGUGUACCUGAUGAGAGACAGCAGACGCACGGCUGAGGGGCAACCCAUCAGACAGUCUUACCGCCUCUUGACUCACGUCAAUCGAGACAAACUGGACAUCUUCCGCAUAGAAAAACUCUGGAAGAAUGAAAAGGGUGAGCGAUUUGCCUUUGGACACCACUACUUCCGUCCUCACGAAACGCACCAUUCGCCCUCGCGACGCUUCUACCAGAACGAGUUAUUUCGCAUGCCACUCUACGAGAUCAUCCCUCUUGAAGCGGUGGUGGCAACCUGUUGCGUUCUUGAUCUCUACACAUACUGCAAAGGACGACCAAAGGGGGUCAAAGAGCCAGAUGUGUACAUUUGUGAUUACCGUUUGGACAAGUCGGCUCACCUUUUUUACAAGAUCCAUCGUAAUCGCUACCCAGUGUGUACCAAGCCAUACGCCUUCAACCAUUUCCCGAAGAGACUGACGCCCAAGAGAGACUUCUCGGUAAGACGGCCUCACUACGUACCCGACAACUACAAGAGGAACGGCGGCCGCUCGGCGUGGAAAAGCGAGCGGUCCAAAGGAUCCGAAGGCUGCGAGGACGAGGGAUCCUCGUGCGAGCGCGGCGACGACUUUCCAACAGAGACCGAAGACAGGAGAUCGGAGGAGGACACGGACGCGGCGCCGAGUGGUUCUGAACUUUUAGCGGGCAAGCCUCCGCAAGUGGAAGGGGACAAUGAUGAAGAUGAAGAGGGGGCUGAAGGGGGAGGGCCAGAGGCGGAGGAGCAAAAGGAGCAGGAGGAAACCUCCACGGAAAGGAUAGGAGAGAUCCUUGAGCAGCCGUCUUCUUCGGCCUGCUCGCCACUCCACCACCCUGCGCUGGGCAGGAGGGAGGCCCAAAGGGAGCGACUCAACAAGAUUCUUUUGGAUCUGCUGCACAGAACGCCCAACAAGAAUGCUGUAGAUGUCAGUUAUCUCCUGGAGGAGGGUGCAGGGCGACGCCUACGGCGACGGACACUUGGAUUUGGUGAUUUUCUUGGCAGAAAGUAAUAUCGACGACUGCCUUUCAUCCUCGAAAUGAGCCUAGUUGGUUCAUCAAACCCCUCCAGACAAUUAAACGCAUGUUUUGGACGGUCUCUAGGUUACCUCUUCCGGGACUUGAUCAUCUCUUGAGAUGGUGGAGGGGGUUUGGAAGGACCGACUUUAUGUCAAUACGUUUUUAAGGAGUGUUUAUUAUUAUUAUUUUUUAAUAUUAUCAUAGGACAAAGAAGCCCACACAACGACUGAAACGACACGUGGUACAGAGUAGCACACUGAACGAUGGCAAUGGCUCACUUUGUGCAGAUGAUUAUGCUGGAAAAGUGCGCCCACUUGUGGGACCAUGCUGCAAUGUCAGUGCUUCAAAUGAGGGAGGGAUGCAAGAUGCUGCUUGAGAAGGGGGAAAAAAGAGUGUUUAGAUGCACUUUUGGUACCAUGGAUAUAGUGAAGCUCUGUGUAAUGUAUCUGUAAUGUAAUGAAAACACACUAAUACAGUACUUGAUGCAGUGUGGGAAAAAAAGCAAGUCUAAUAUCUUUUAUCUAUUUUACUGUAGUCAUGUAGACACAAGAGUGGGCCCGCUUGUUUUUAAAGGGAGGAAAGACUGCGCGCUUUUUUAUUUUUCGUCAAAGUGUAUUGUUGUUUUGCCCCGACUUCUACCUGGUCAGCUUUUCAAAUGAUGGAUUCACCAGCUAAACUAAAUCAGGUGGGACGGACACUGGCUUGAACAGUUAACGCCUUACUCAGCUGUGCUCUCUGACUGCCUGUUUUUGAGCGUGUGCUCGCCGUGUAUCUAUAGUCGACACAAUUUCCUGAAAUGUUUUUUUUUUUUUUUUUAGAAAAAAGAAGAAAAAAAAACAAGGGCUUAAUGGCAAUUAACAGUUUUAAGAAAACUAUGGAAAACAAUGCUUAACAUUAAAUGUAUCGUGAUGGUCAUAUUUUCUUAUAUUCUGUGAGACAAGUGUAUACUGUAUAUCUGGAAGGGGAAUGGAUUUUUGUCGAUUUGUUCCUUGUUGCCAUGAAGAAUGUUUUAAAAGAAUUAGCGAUGAACUAGCUCCACCCCCCGAAUGCCUCUCAGCAUAAAAGUGUUGCAAAAACUGACAAAAAAAUCCAUUGGAAUGAUACUGAGGAUGGAGAGCGGCAAUGGUUCAGCUGUACAGUGCCAACUUAUGUAUAUAGACACACGCUUUACAUCGAGGGGUUUCUCCUAAAGCAAUAUCUUGAGAAAUUGAUUUUGUUUAUUAUCGUACUGUACAGGACUCGACCCUAAAUGUAUUGCGGUUAUUGUUACGAUAAUGCUAACGUUUGAAUUGCUUUGUAUUGCUAUCAUGAAGACACUUAAAACUCGGAUGAAAAUACAUUUUUAAAAAUGUCUUUUAAAAUUCAGAACUUCCCUGACAACGUAGAAGCAUAAGUUAAGUUUUAUUGCCUAUAAAUGAAAUUUGUGUAAAUGUGCAUGAGCGAGUAGAAUGUCAAUAUUGGGGGACGGCGGUGACAAACGUCGCUUUUAUAAAGGAGUGUACUCCUCGUUUUGUUUUUUUUUUUGCUGCAAAGUGUUGAACACUAAAAAAGCUAGCCAACAUAAAAAUGUUAUAAUAUUUUUGAGCAGCGAUAGAAACGAAAAUGAACUUGUCAGACCGUUUUUUUUCUUCUUCAUUAAAAUAGGAAAUGAUUCCGUUUUGUGAUAGCGCUCAUCGUAUGAUGCUUGUACUUGUAUUUGUGUGUUUUCUGUGAUUUUUUUUUUUUUUUUUUUUUUUUUUUUUAGACAA